AUGUUGUCUUCGUCUCGAUCAUAUAUUCGAAUUUGUGAAUUGACGUUUCGGGCACUCGUUGAACUGCAGGCCAGCAGUGAUAUAAAAGCGCAGUUGAGGGAGUUGUACGUCGUCGGAGCAAAGGAAAUAGAGGUUGGAAGCCGCAAGGUGAUUAUCGUGCUCGUUCCUUUCCCGCAGUUAAAACCUUAUCAGAAGAUUCAGCUGAGAUUAGUGAGGGAACUUGAAAAGAAGUUCAGCGGAAAACAUGUGGUGUUCAUUGCCAAGCGAAAGAUUCUACCCAAACCAAAGAGGGGUAAGAAGAAGAAAGUUCAGAAACAGAAGCGACCUAGAAGGUUUAGUUCGUAA